AUGAUCUAUUCCCCUGGUUGUUUUGUGUCUGAAUUUGAUCUUUCAGAAUCGUUCGAAUUACCUCCAAUACCAAUUACACCUGAUUCUAUUGGUCUCAGUAUCGCUAUUCUAUCUGUUGUAUUUAUUAUUUUUCUUAUAGCUGUAUGUAAAUGGACUCGUUGUUUAUGUUUCAAACUAAAUCCAAAUAAUAAUGAUCAAACCGAAAGUGUUUCAUCGGUAAUACAAUCUGAUAGAUCAACAAUUCAUCGAUAUUCACAACGUCCUCGUGGUCAGCUUCAACGAUUUUUAUCGUGUGACCAUCUUGGUGAUGUUGAUCGAUAUGUUUGUACUACGAGAAAUGGAUUAUUAUCACCACCUCUACCAUCUUAUAAUAGAUGCCAUUCUAAUAAAGUUAAUUUAACUGAUGUUACGAACACAAGUGCAUCGUCAGGUAUUGGUCGUGAAUUAGCAAAAGAAUUAGUUCGUCUUUCACCGUCUACUCGUCUUGUUUUAUCAGCAAGACGUGAAGAAGAAUUACGUUUACUUGCUGCUGAACUUCAACUUGAUGCAGAUCAUUGUCUUGUUUUACCACUUGAUCUUGAAACACAUGAGUGGGGUUUUCAAUCAAAAGUUGAUAUUGUUCUUGAUCGAUUCGAUCAUAUUGAUGUUUUAAUUAAUAAUGCUGGUGUGUCACAACGAAGUUUAAUCAAAGAAACAAAAUACAUAGUUGAUACACGACUAAUGAGUAUUAAUUUUUUGGGUACAGUUACAUUAAGUAAAGCUGUACUAUUGCAUUUUAUUCAACGUCAAAAAGGUCAUUUUGUUGUCGUUACAUCAGUAGCUGGUUAUGCUGCUACAGCAUUACGUUCGUCAUAUGCUGCUUCUAAACAUGCUUUACAUGCGUUUUUUGACUCUCUUCGAUUGGAACAUGCUAAAGAUCAUAUAGAUGUAACAAUAGCAUGUCCAGGUUUUGUUAAAACAGAUAUCUCAUUAAAUGCUUUCGAAGGUUCUGGACAAUUACAUAAAAAGAUGGAUCCAAAAACUGAAAAAGGAACAGAUCCAACUGUAUGUGCGUAUGAUAUACUUUGUGGUAUUGCUGCGAGGAAACAUGAAAUCUAUGUUGGUCAUUUAGCAGUUGUUGUGGUUUAUAUACGUCGUUUAUUUCCUCAAUUACUCUAUAGAAUAUUAUUACGUACUGAGUCAGCUUAA